ACGACUGGGGGACGGAAGCGCCGCGCUCACAGGCUGCCCCUCCCAUCUGGGGCACCCGGAUGUAGACCCUGCCCUGUUCGCUUCCGACCGGGGGGCUUCCGGUACGUGGGACGCUGAGGCGAAGAGGACGAGGCUGGGUCUGCAUCCCGAUAUGGAGGGCAGACAUGAUGAGAAAUGUGGAACACCAUGUGCUACAUCACAAGAAGAGAUGAAAGUCAGAGGGAAAGACAAGAGAAAGCGAAAACGCAGCAGAAGCAGAUCAUCAUCCAUUUCAUCAACAUCAUCUGCUAAUACUACUGCUACAUUGUCCUCAUGCUCUUCAUCAAGAUCAUCUUCCUCUUCAAGCAGCAGAAGCAGCUCAAGUGGCAGAGAUUCUCCCAAGUCUAAAUCAAAGAAAAGGAAAAAAGAAAAACGCAACAAAAAGAAGAGGAAAAAAGAGAACAAACUGAAGAAAAGGAAAGAAAGGAAAAAAAAAAGAGAGAAAUCAGGACCUGUCCAGCUUUCCAAGUACCUUAAAGACAAAAAGAAGACUGAAAAAAACUACAGUAUGAUAACAGGAAAAAAAAUUAAGAUGAAAAUAAAGAAGAGUAAAAAGGAUAAAGAGAGAGACCGAAACCGUGCAGAACUCCUUGAUUUCCUAAACUCUGCCUUGUAAUGGAAAAAGUGCUGAGCAAGGACUUGUAAAUCUAUCAUGCCAGCUGGUCAUCACGCCUAGCAAAACACAAAGGAAACUCAGGGAAAAGGGCACCAUUUGUGACAAGUUCCAACUCUUGUGCUGUGAGACAAUCAGUGUCCUUUAUAAUUGGCAAAAUAAAGAGUUACUGCUAACUUUUUAUUAAUA